AUGAUUACAUUCUACGACAUUUCCAGCAAUUUGCCAGACAAGGUAUGGUCGCCCAGUACAUGGAAAACGAGGUUGACCCUGAAUUACAAAGGAAUCCCUUACAAGACUGAGUUUUUGGAAUUACCCGACGUCCAGAAGUUCUGUAUCGAAAAACGCAUCCCACCUACUCGCACGUGGAAUGAUGGUAGCCCGUUCUACACUUUCCCAGUGAUCCACGAUCCUUCUACUGGGGUAUACUUGACCGAUUCGCUCGCAAUCGCUCGUUACCUUGAGAAGACGUAUCCCGAAACGCCGGUCAUUUUUCCAGUUGGACUCGACGCGCUACAAGCAGCAUACACCAGCGCCUGCGCGUCUGAGCUGAACUCCAUUUGGCGCAUAGCCGUACCAGAGCUGGCCAAGCUUUUCGAAGGCCGUGCGCUUGAAUACUACCGUUUCUCGCGAGAGAAGAAUGUAGGGAAGAAGUUAGAGGAAGUCGCUCCUGUCGGAGAAGAGAAGGUGGCGGAUUGGAACAAGCUUAAGGAAGGGUUUGACAACAUUGACAGUUGGUUGAACCAAAACAGCGUGACUGGUCCGUUUGUGAUGGGAGAUCGGAUUAUCUGGGCUGAUUUCGUGCUUGGAGGGUUAUUGCUUCUUUUCAAGCGUAUGUGGGGCGAGGAUAGUGGAGAGUGGAAGGAUAUUAAAGGUUGGAAUGGGGGGAGGUGGGAAGCUCUUCUUCGGGGGUUACAGCCGCAUAGUCAAAUCAAGUAG